AUGGCGCUGCCGCUGCCCUCGUGGUUGCAGUUGUGGUUGCUGCUGCUGCUCCCGGUGACUCAGAGUCGACUGAAGGACCCAGGUACAAAGUGGAAAGGAUUUAUUGACCAAAUUAACAAGUCUGUAGAGAAUUACCAGCCAUGUCCAAGGGAAAACUGCAGCUGCCACCUUGGUGUUAUGGAGAAGGAUUUGGCCCCCUUCCAAGGAGGCAUCUCCAAAGAGAUGAUGACCAAUAUGGUUAGCCGGAAGCUAGGGACACACUAUCAGAUUAUCAAGAAUGAAUUGUACAGGGAACAAGAUUGCAUGUUCCCUGCAAGGUGCAGUGGUGUGGAGCACUUCAUUUUGGAAGUAAUCAACCACCUUCCUGACAUGGAGAUGGUGAUCAAUGUUCGGGAUUAUCCCCAGGUUCCUAAGUGGAUGGAACCUAUCAUUCCAGUCUUUUCCUUCAGCAAGACUAAUGAGUACCAUGAUAUCAUGUAUCCUGCAUGGACAUUUUGGGAAGGGGGACCAGCUGUUUGGCCAAUUUAUCCGACGGGUCUUGGGCGAUGGGAUCUUUUAAGAGAAGAUCUUGCAAGGUCUGCAGAAAAGUGGCCAUGGGAAAGGAAAAUAUCCAGAGGAUACUUUAGGGGGUCUAGGACAAGUCCAGAGAGAGAUCCUCUAAUCCUUCUAUCUCGGGAAAACCCAGGACUUGUUGAUGCAGAAUACACUAAGAAUCAGGCCUGGAAAUCUGAGAAAGAUACUCUUGGAAAACCACCUGCUAAGGAAGUCCCACUUGUGGAUCACUGCAAGUAUAAAUACCUGUUUAAUUUUCGGGGGGUAGCUGCAAGUUUCCGAUUCAAACACCUCUUCCUAUGUGGCUCACUAGUCUUUCAUGUAGGUGAGGAAUGGCAAGAAUUCUUCUAUGCACAGCUGAAGCCAUGGGUUCACUACAUCCCAGUCAAUACAGACCUCUCCAAUGUCGGGGAACUUCUACAAUUUGUGAAGGAAAAUGAUGAUCUAGCCCAACAGAUUGCUGAGAGAGGGCAACAAUUUAUCAUCAACCAUUUGCAGAUGGAGGACAUUUCCUGUUACUGGAAAAUUUUGUUGACUGAAUAUUCCAAAGCUUUGUCCUACAAAGUGAAGAAAAAGAAAGACUAUGGCAAAAUAACUCCCAAACUUUUGAAAACAGAACUUUAAGAACUACUUUUAUCCUUGUGGUAGAAUGACUUCAUUUGGAUAUCUUCAUGGAAAGAUGCAGAUUAUCUCAUUCAUUUGGAUGAGAUUAUAAUUUACUUUGGUAACUUAUAUGUUACACAUUAUCUAAUACCUACCAAAUAACUGGUUUUCCUUAUCUUUCUGCAAUCAGAGACUCAAGAAAGAUCCAGAUUAUCAGUCAUACAAUAAUAGAACAUAGACUUGGAAGCCAGAUUUGUAGUCAGAGGACCUUGGUUCUAAUUCUCUGACUCUGUUCAGCAAAUCAGUAAGCUUUUUGUGCCUCAGUGUAUUCAUCUAUAAAAUGAAGGAGUUGGAUUGGAUACUCUCCAAGAUAUCUUUUAAUUCUAGUUUAUGAUCAUAGAAGCAACAUUUUCCCCUGUAGGUUAAAUAGGGACCAAAAAAAACCAGACUAUGUGAGUUUUUAUUUGUCUGUGUCUUAGAUUGGCUCUGUACGAUUAUGCCUCAUUUUACUUGUCUAUGUAAGAAUUGUAAUGGUCAUUUCAUUUAUGAUCAUUGUUAAAUGCAAAAUGUCUUUUGGGACCUAUUGGGCACAUUAUCCAGAGUAAACAAAUAGGCAUUUAGGAAUAUAAUGGGUUUUAUCUCUAGAAUUCUGCUGUUUCCCCUGGUUUGAUCCAGCUAAGUCUGGCUGAUGUAUAUAAAAUAUUUGGGGAUCAUUUAUAUCAUGCAAUUAAUUUUUUUAAACUUUUUUAAAAAAUGUAAACAUUUCUAUACUUGGGGAAGAUUUUAUAUUUUUGUGUAGAAAGGAACUAGUUCUUAAUUAUUGCAGUUGGACUUCUAAUCCUUACUCUCUUCUAACCUAUUCUCAGAAAUCAUUUUUUGGGGUUUAUAUAAUCAAUUAACAAGCAUUUAUUAAGGACUUACUAUGUGCUAGCUACUAUGCUAAAGACUGGGAAAAGAAAUAAAAACAAAAACAAUCCUUGUCUUAAAGCAGUUUACAACGUAUCUAAAUAGGUACAUACAAGACACAUACAGAGCAGAUGGAAGGUCACCUUUGAGAGGAAGAAUCUAGCAAGAGGACAAAUUUGGUUCUUCAAAACAGUUUCAAGAACUCAUGUACCUUUUAAAAAAUGGGCAGGAGGAGCUAUUACAAGUGAAUGACUCCCAUUUACUGGAAUUGGCAUCAGUAAUAUUUAUCAUGAGGGUAUAUUUUGUGGGCAAUACCAACAGUUCACUUCAGUAAAUGUCAUCAGCUGAGAUUUGUAGCUCUGUGAGACUCUCCUAUAACUCACUUCUGUAUAGUAAAGAAUUCUUUCAUUGUAAGAUCAUGUUAGACUCCCAAAUAUUUCUUUUUUUCUUCCAACUUUUUAGAUUACAGUGAGAUCUCUAAAGAAGCCUUCCAUGAUACAAUAGUGAAGUAUGGGAGGAGGGGGAAGAUAUAAAUUAUGUGCCAAAAAUAAAGCAGUUUUAGCUGUCUCCAUGGUCUAGGACAGAGGUGUAAAUGACAGCUGAAGGAGCCUACAAAACUACCCACUGCAGCCUGAAAGAGAUUAAAAUGUAAUUGGGAAAUGUUUAGUCAAAUAAAAAUAUAAUACAACAUAGAUGAUCAUGUGAAUUAAAUAUCUAGGCCUGGAAGUCUCAUGUAAUAGUGGUCACAGUCUUGUGUCUUAAUUUGCCUGUGUGGCAGGUGAGAUUCCCGACCGGUGGUAGUCAAGGGAUGUGAAAUGUAGGAACUGAAGUUUAGGGAAGGAUUUAGACUGAGCUUAAAAAGCCAUCAAGUGAAGCAAGCUGGCCCUCUCUCUACCAUUUUUUGGGCUUGUGAAAGGAGCUCUCUCAGAGCCAUCCUGGGGCUUAUCUGUUGCCAUCUCUGGCAAGCACAGGCCACCCAAUCUAAGA